UUUUUUUUUUUUUUUUUUUAAUUUCAGUUUUUGGCAAACAUGUCGAAGUUUCCAUCGGAAAUCCUGAAUAUUGUAUACAGCCAAUUAAGUAAAAGAGAUGUUUUUCAAUGUGCUCUAACUUGUAAAAGCUGGAAAGAAAGUGCAUUGUCAUUUUUCUACAGGGACCUGACUAUCGAAAUCUAUGGAGCUUCUUUAACAAAGAAAUUGUUACAAUUGGAUCCCAUUGAACGCGAUCGUUACUUUCAACACGGCACUUCAACGAAAAAACUUGUUGUUCAUUCGGAGAAAGCAAGAUAUCAAUUUAUGGGUACCUUUUCAUCAGAAGAUAUUGACGAUGAGUAUACAAAGGAAGAGUGGCUCAUGCUUUUGGGAUAUCUGCCAAACAUACAAGUUCUGAAUUUACAUGACAUCAAAACUUCUAGCAAAUAUUUACAAUACAUCCUUGAUUCGGAUGAUUCUGAAAAAAUAUUAACCAAAAUCAUGGAAAUUAUGCCGCGUGGCUUCAUUGAAUCUCAUUUUGCUGUCUGUUACAAGUUUCAUGGAACUAUCACAAAAUUACAUGUUGAGUACAGAGCCCAGAAUUUUAAAAUGGGAUCUAUCAAAGGCAGAAUAAUUACCUUGUUGAAUGACUUUACCAGCUUGACUCAUUUAACAUUCAAUAACGAGUGUGAUAGACGGUUAACCACAUUCGACAUCAUGGAUGCUUGUCCUCAUUUGGUAUCACUAACAUACCAUAGCGAAUACUAUACUCCGGAUUCAAUUGUAAAGAAAACUUUUGAUGAUGACUUGAGCCCUAAGAGGUUGAAUAGUAGCGUCAAAGAACUAAAGUUAUCCGUCCCAACCAUUCCCGAGCAUUAUGCCAAUUACAUAAAGCAAUACCUUGCCACGCAUAUGGAUGUCGUAGAACUAAAUAUUCAUGAUGUAGAUGUUUUCGAUUGGGUGGAAAGAAUUGGACUUGAUAAUGCAGUGGAUUUUUUGCGCAGUUUGAGCAAGGUAAAAACGGCUAGUAUCAGUUGGGAACCUGAUUGGGACUACGAUAGACAAACAACCAGUACUGAAUCCGAACCCACAAUUGUAUAUGCAUUAGUCAACGCGAUGAAAAGAAAGGAAGUAUACUGUAAAGCCCGUUAUGAUGAUUCUCGAAGUGUAUACAAGUCUAUUAAGUUAGAUCCAGAUGACAGCUUGUAUAUUAUUCACGGUUUGAAACGAUCAGAUUAUUAUUUUCCAAUGACCGACUCGGAAUCUGAAGAAGAAUCGGAUGAAGAAGAACACCAAGACCGUAUUAUUCAAUUUGUAAUGCCUAAUCGUUCAAUUUCAACAAUAGGACCCGAAAUCAUUCACAAUAUGGAAGUUAUUAUGGCUGACAGAAAUCCGUAUUUGCCGUUGGAGUUCUUACGAUACGCAUUGAACAGUUGCCCUCACCUUCAACAGUUUUCUUAUAUGUCAAGGAGCAGACCAAAUCGUCGUAUAUGUAUUGGCACUGACCUUAAAAUGAUGUUGAACGCUGUCAGGGAGAGGAAAAGCUUAUCCAAUUCAACACAAAAAAAUAUUAAGGUUGUUAAGCUUAAAAACAUGAUGCCAUCAAAUGAACUUUUGGAUCUGAUGAGAAUGUACAUGCCUGCAACAGAAGCUUUUAUAUGUAGCGAAGAUAGGUUUAGAGAGAGGUUUGAAGAGAGGUUUGAAGACUCACCAAAUGAGCCGUUUGAAGCAGAUUUGACAGCAUUCAAACAGCUGAAUUUAGUUCAAUUGAGUGCUCGAAUGUUAUGCGGCAAAAUUAGACAAAAUACUACAUUUAUGGAGAUACAUUUCGUGGAUAAAGAUUGGGAAUAUUACUGUUUGGAAAUAGACGGAACUGAUUUGACUAUAACAAAAACCACUUUGGAACAGACGAAAGAACAGAUUAGCAAAGAAAAUGAAUGUAUCCGAAAAUGUGUCGUCCAAUGUCACAAACACGUCAAAUUCAUAGUUUCCCUUGACUAUUUUAGGACCAUAGAAAUUAGUAAUGGAGAAAUCAGCAGAUUAGGCCAAAAUCCUUCUAAUUCAAUACAUAACCGAUUUCUUGAAUAGAUAACAAAACCCCACCCCUCAU